AUGCCGUCCCCAAAGAUCCGCAACAUCGGCCCUCUGCCUUCUGAAGAGGCCAAAUGGACGGAACUGAGGAAGAUUGAGUGGACUGAUCAGACGGGCAAAGAUCGUGUCUGGGAGGCAGCAGCACGCAAGACCCGCAGCUCCGGCGGCGUCGACGCCGUAGCCAUCGCACCCAUCCUCCGCCACCCCAGCAAGCCUCCAUCCACCAUGAUCAUCCUGCAAUACCGGCCACCGGUCGAAGCCUACUGCGUGGAGUUCCCAGCCGGCCUCAUCGACGAAGGCGAGACCCCGGAGCAGGCAGCAGUGAGGGAGUUGAAGGAGGAGACUGGCUACGAGGGCAAGGUGGUCGACUGCAGCCCGACAAUCGUGGCGGAUCCUGGCUUGACGAACGCCAAUAUGCAGAUGGCAACUGUUGAGGUCAACCUCAAGGAAGGCGAAGAACCUCCGGAACAACACCUUGACGAAGGCGAACACAUCGAGCGACUUAUCGUCCCUCUCAGCGAGCUCUACCAUAAGCUGAAAGCGCUGUCGCAGGAAAAGGGCAAGAUCGUUGACGCGAGGCUGUUCCACUGGGCUCUGGGUCUCCACUGGAGCCAGUAUGUGAAGGCAUAG